AUGUCAAAGGGAAAGCGAAGACACACCAAGCGGUGGCGUUACCACCACCGCCGCCCAAAAGCCAACCCCAACUACAUCAUCAAGACCGAUGAUGCCACCCCCGUUCUCGCCCUGCCCAUGGAGUUGUUUGUCAAAAUCGGCAAGUAUUUGACACAAGCGGAGGCCAUGGCGUUUGGUGCGGCUUGCAAACAGGUUGGGUACAUGCUCAGACCGGCCAUCUGGCAGUCCCUCGCGCUCAAGACGGACUCGCACGCGAGGUUUGGGGAGGAGCUGGGCCGAAUUGUUGCCCGCGCGAAGGCCGAGCUGGACAGGUUCCAGCGCUGCGAGCUGCCUUGUCGGCCGUUUGUGGAGGAUGUCAAUCGACCUUCAGUCCUCACUCUCUUCCUCCUCGUACUGAAACGUCGACUAACCACCCCCCAUCCCCGCAGAAACCUCAACCUCUACCUCCAACACCACGAUCCCCUCGACCGUGAAGAACCCCACCACCCCGAACUAGCCAACAAGAUCCUCGACUUGCUCUCCCUCCUCCCAAACGUCCAGAAGCUCAACCUGGACCUCAGAGAUCUCCAACAACCACAGGUCGCCCACCUCAUCACCCUCCUGGGUAUCAACCCAACCCCCAUCCUCCCCCAGGCUCGCCAAGUGAGGUUCACCACUGGGGAACACGACCACAACGCCGCGCAACAACGCCGUAGCUUCGACCCCAUCACCUGCGGCCGAGUCAUCGCAGCCGUCUGCCGCUCCCUCGGGCCUCACGUAACGGACUUUGAAUUCAUCCGUGGCACAGAGCAAGAAAACAAUGAAGCGUUGCUUGAAGUUGCGGAGGCAUUCACCAACGGCGAAAGAAAAAUGAAGAAAUUGCUCGUUGCGUCCACCGAUUCGAUGCAUGGGUUUGAUAUGUUUGGCGCGAGGGAGAUUUUGGAGCAAAUCGUUGCUCCGCACAGAGACAGCAUUGAGGAGAUUUUUAUCGGGGAUGAUGCUGAAUGGGAGCCUGAAGGGGGGAGGGAGGAGUGGAGGGAGCACUACGGGGCUGUUAACCAUAUUGUUGGCGCGUUGGAGCAAAUGCCAAAUCUGAAAAGGGUGGCGUUUCCGGUGGUGGAUUUUCGGUGUGAGGGGGUGAGGGAUAUGGCUGGGGAUGAGAAUUUUGCAAGGGAGGAGGUGGAGAAGGAGAUGAGGAGGGUUGUUGGGGCGGUGAUGGAUAGGUUGCCCAACUUGGAUCAUGUGGCGUUUUGGUCGCAGUAUCAGGAGAUGGGGGUUGAGGCUUGGAGGGAGGGGGAUGGGGAGGCGGGGUUGGGGUGGAGUUUUCAUGAGGUGAGGGAUGAUUGGAUUCGGCCGAGGAGUGGAAGGGGGGCGUGGCCGAUGGGGAUUUGGGGGCGUUGGUGGUGA